AUGAUUGAGUUAGAGAUCGAUGGAAAGAAAGUUGAAGUUGAACAAGGAAGUGCUUUAAUUCAAGCAUGCGAGAAGGCAGGUGCUACAAUCCCUCGAUUCUGUUAUCAUGAUCGAUUGGCUAUCGCUGGAAACUGUAGGAUGUGUUUGGUGGAAGUGGAACGUUCUCCUAAACCAGUAGCUUCUUGCGCAAUGCCAGCAAUGCCUGGCUCCAAAGUCUUCACCAACACUCCUUUAGUUCAUAAAGCACGUGAAGGAGUCAUGGAAUUCUUAUUAGCGAAUCAUCCACUUGAUUGUCCGAUUUGUGAUCAAGGAGGAGAAUGUGAUUUACAAGACCAAUCAAUGAGAUAUGGAUCCGAUCGAUCAAGGUUUAAAGAAUAUACUGGAAAACGAGCAGUAGAAGAUAAAGAUUUAGGACCGAUUGUGAAGACGGUGAUGACGAGAUGUAUCCAAUGUACAAGAUGUGUUAGGUUUGCGAAUGAAGUAGCCGGAGUAGAAGAGUUUGGUACUACUGGUAGAGGAAAUGAUAUGCAGAUUGGAACUUAUAUUGAAAGAACUUUGAAUAGUGAAUUGAGUGGGAAUAUAAUUGAUCUAUGUCCGGUUGGAGCUCUUACUUCUAAACCUUAUGGGUUUACGGCUAGACCUUGGGAAUUGAAGAAGACUGAAACUAUUGAUGUGAUGGAUGCUCUUGGAAGUAAUAUUAGGGUCGAUUCUAGAGGAUUACAGGUCAUGAGGAUUCAACCUAGAAUUAAUGAGGAUGUCAAUGAAGAAUGGAUCAGUGAUAAGACUCGAUACGCUAAUGAUGGUUUGAAGACACAACGAUUGACUGCACCACUCAUCAAACAAGGUGAUAGGUUUCAACCUGCGAACUGGACCGAAGCCUUGACAGCUAUUGCCGAUGGAUUGAAGUCAAGUGGAGCUCACGGCAACGAGAUCAAAGCGGUUGCUGGUGCUCUUGCUGAUACCGAAUCAUUAGUCGCUUUAAAAGAUCUGAUCAACAAGCUCGGAUCGGACAAUACGACCCUUGAAUCACCUCUAGGUGAUCGUCUACCAGCUCAUGGUGUCGAUUUCAGGAACAAUUACGUUUUCAAUUCGACUAUCAAUGGUGCAGAUGAAGUCGAUUAUCUCUUACUCGUUGGUACCAACCCUCGACAUGAAGCGGCCGUACUAAACAGUAGAUUCAGAAGAACUUAUAUUAAUCAAGGAUUGAAGGCAGGAUUGAUUGGAGAAGAAUUUGAAAGUGUAUUUGAGAUUGAGAAACUUGGUGAUGAUUUAUCAGCAGUCAAAGAGUUUGUUGCAGGAAAAGGAACGUUUGCGGAAUCAUUUAAGAAAGCAAAGAAACCUAUGAUUGUGAUUGGAAGUGCAGUAACUGAACAUGUGGAUGGAUCUGAGAUUUAUUCAACCUUGGCUAAAUUUGUUGAGGAGAAUCAAGCUCAACUAUUGACGGAUGAGUGGAAUGGGUUCAAUGUAUUACAAAGAACUGCCUCAAGUACAGCUGCAUAUGAUAUCGGAUUUGUGCCAUCAGGAUCAGCUGGUGAAGCAACACCAAAAUUCAUUUAUCUAUUAAAUGCGGAUGAUUUUAACCCGAAUACGAUCCCGAAAGAUGCCUUUGUAGUAUACCAAGGACAUCAUGGAGAUUUAGGAGCAAGAUAUGCCAAUGUAUGUUUACCUGGACUUGCUUAUACCGAAAAAUCAUCAACAUGGGUCAAUACAGAAGGUAGAAGUCAAUUAGGUAGAACAGCAGUUUCAUCACCUGGUUCAUCAAGAGAAGAUUGGAAGAUCAUUAGAGCGAUUUCAGAAAUCCUUCAAGUACCAUUACCUUAUGAUGAACUAGUUCAAUUAAGGAAUCGAAUGUGGGAUGUUUGUCCAACAUUAGUUAGAUAUGAUGAAUUAGUUAAACCGAUCAAUUCGAUUGAAGCCAUUCAAUCACUUGCUUCAUCAUCCAAACUUAAAAAAUCAGAUUUGAUAGGAGGUAGAUCAGGUGGAUUAAAGAAACCUAUUGAAGAUUUUUAUUUAACUGAUCCGAUCUCUAGAGCUUCGGUGACUAUGGCUAAAUGUUCUAAAGCUUUUACUAAAGGAGAAUGGAAAUCACCACAAAAAGAUGAGAAAACAUCUGAGAUGAGUUUGGCUUCUUUUGGUUAAGUUUAUGUUUUUCCAAAAAGAAAAAAAAUGAUUAUUACUCAUCACUCAUAUAUAUAUACGUAACAUUGAAAAAGAAUAGAAUUAGAUUGGGUGAAGUUUGUUUCAAUCUUUUUUUCGAUAGUUCACAUAUAAUAUGUGUUUGUUUUGUUAAAAAUCUUUUUUUUUCCUGAUAUCGAUUUCUUUACAUGAUUCUUUUUUCUUCUUUUUUUCUUCUUUGCAGUGUGUUUUGAUUUGAUACUUCUUUUAGAUUGUUUUCUUUUUGUAAAGAAUUAUAAAAUUC